ACAAAUCCAAAGCAGAGACGUUUUCAACUGGAAGAAGAAAUACAAUUGAUAUAUCAGAUAAUGUGAUGGCAAAUGAUCCACACCCUUCUCAAUUCGCUGUUUGGAAUUUAUUAACAGGGAAAUUUGAGCAGGCAGUGUUAUAUAAAAAGGGUAGUUUGUUUUAACAAGCGGUGGCAGAUAGCUGAUAAAGUUGACGCUUGAGGGGAAGUCCACCAUGAAAGUCUUUACAGCUCCGGAUGAAAUGGUUUAUUUCCAAACCUUCCAGAAGAAUUAGGUCUUGAGUGUCUGAUGAGGGUUUCAUACCAGUGGCACAGCAAUCUCAGAGCUGUGAAUAAACAGUGGAGGGAAGCAGUGAACAGCAAUUGGUUCUAUCAAGACAGGAAACGCUAUUGUAUUUGGGAGCAAAUCAUAUGGCUGAUUCAAGACAACAGAAAGGUAUUUCUAUACUACCCACUCAAAAACUAUUGGGAAAUACUGCCUCCAGUUCCAAUCCUGUCUGGAUUCUGUGGGUGCUGUAGUAAGUGCAUUUGUGUCAACCAUAAGCUAAUCAUCAUAGAGGGUUCUGUAGCAAGAACAGAAAUGAAAGUUCACUCUGUUUUUCUUUAUGAUUUUAGAUCCUCCAAAUGGUCCAGGGGCGCUGAUAUGCCCACAGCGAGAGCUCACUUUGCCUGCUCUGCAUCCCCUGAAGGCCAGAUUUACAUUGCAGGAGGGAUGGACAAUGAUGAGAAAUCUGAAUUUGGGGCAGCGGUUUAUGAUGUUGAACAGAACAAGUGGGAACUGCUUCCUGAUAUGAAUCAAUCAGGAGGUUUUACUGGUGCAUUUCUUGAUGAUAAAUUUUGGGUUAUGAAAGGCAACUUGCAAGAGGUUUUUGAUGUGAAUACAAAAACAUGGGCGUCACAGGAAAGUGCAUAGCAAUAUAUGAAUGAUGGAAAGUUUGUAGCAGCAUUUGGAAAGAUCUAUUCCUUUAUGGGAAGAGAAGUUAGGGAGCAUGACAAUAAACAGAAUGCUGAAAAGACAGUAGAUUUACUUCCUUCAGAAGUUUCCAUUGUCUGGUGUGUUACUUUAUGGGGAGAUAAGAUAUUUGUGUGUGCUAGUGAUGUAAAUGGGAGUGCUUCUUUCUAUUUUUACUGUCCUCCGAGAGCAGAAGCCACAACAUCGAGGAAGGAGGGGGAGAGGUCAGUUCGUAUUGAAGGGCAUCCGCGAUUCAAUGGUCGCUUUUACAGAACAGGGACUGUGCAGGUUUGAAUGUUGGAAGGUCAGACCACCUCUUGUAUUUAUAUGUACUAUUGUAUAGGUAGCAAAUUGCAUUGGAAGGAGGCACAAUGGUUAUGUGAAUAGAAAAUUAUAUGUAAGGAGACAUGUGGGAGAGUACAAUUUUAUUUGUUUGUAAAGUAAUAUUUGAAAUAUUUAU